AGAAAGAAAUAAAUUCUAAACAAAUUUUAUUUCAAUAAAAAAAAAAACGUAAAGAUUAUUUUACCCAAACUAAACUUUUCACAAAGAUUUUGCAAAAAUAUGACCGAAUGUUCUCUAUGCUCUCUAUUGAACAACGGUUAUCGUUGCAUCAUGGAAUAUCCAUUGCUGACAUUUAUUCUGAGUCUAUUGAUAGUGGUCUUAUUCAUAUUUAAUAUUUAUUGUGGCAAUAUUAUAUGUUAUUUUCCAAGAAAUUGUGGUUUAGGAGAUGGAGUUUUGUAUGGUGGUGUGGUAACAAAUUUCGAUUAUGGCCCUCAAAGUGGUCCCCAUACAUGGCAAGUUUCGGAUACCAAUCAAUCGCCCGUUAAUAUAAUUGAGAAAGAUGCUCGAAGAUUUGCCAUACGUGAAUUAUUGAUGUGGAACCAUUAUGACGAUAUGCCAAGUGCUGUAAAGAUGGAAAAUAAUGGGCAUACGGUUGUAAUAAGAGCUGCUUUUGAAGGCAACACACCUACCAUUAGUGGUGCGGAUUUAUUGGUCAGCUAUACAUUUGUCGAAUUGUGUUUCCGCUGGAGUCUAUGGAAUAAUGAAGGUUCCGAACACAUGCUCAAUUAUCGUCGUUUUCCCAUGGAAAUACAAGCCAUGCAUCGCACCGGACCGGCUGGUGAUAAUAUCUCAAGUUAUGAUUUAUUAAUGGUGGCCUAUUUUCUAGAUAUAUCCUCUCACAACCCCUAUUUGGAACCUAUAGUACAAAACUUGCAUCGCAUUCGUAAAGCUGGUUCUAGAAUUGAAAUUCCUCCCUUUCCCUUGGUAUAUUUGUGUUAUCCCUUUCGCACUGGCUUCUACGGCUAUGGAGGUUCGCUGACUGAGCCACCCUGUUAUCAGGGUGUCGAGUGGUUUGUCUAUCCCGAGCCUUUGGCCAUUAGUGAAAGCCAACUGAAUGAAUUUCGCCAAUUACUUAGUGCUGAUGGUAGAAAACGCAUUGUGUCCAAUGCUCGUCCCGUCCAGGAUGUUGCCAUGGAAACUCGUGUUGUAAAUCUUAAUUAAUAUAAUCCUAUGGGGGCUUGCGCCAUGACUGAUUCCCAGCAAUCGGAUGUCGCUAUAUUGGAGUAAUUGAGCGAAAAGAGAAAAAGCAUCAGAUGAAAAAACAUUUAUGCACACUCCUUGAUGUGGAACACGAUAAAGCGAUAAUUGUGAAAGCUUUUCUAUCAGCUUGGCAAUAAAUCUAUUCAAACUUUUCAAUGUGGAAGAAUAAUUUUUUACUCUCUAUUUUAUAAUUUUUUACUCUCUAUUUUUAUAUUUUUGUCAAUAAUUUUCAGAUAUUUGUUUUAAUUUGGAAAUACAGAAAAUUCAAGAGUUAAAAUGUAAUAAAACUGUGUACAA